AUGGGCAAAGCCUCUGAGAUGCACCAGGUCACUGGAGUGCAUGAAGCCACUGAGAUGCCUAAGGCCACCAAGAAGCCCACCAAGAUGCCCCAAACCACCAAAAUCCUCAAUACCACCCAGAUGCACAGAGCCACCAAAGUGCACAAAGCCAGGUCUCCUUCCCGCGACGUCCUCCUCGUCUCAGCCAUCAUCACCGUCAGCCUUAGUGUCACCAUCGUCCUCUGCGGGAUCUGUCAGUGGUGCCAGCGCAAACUGGGGAAGCGUUACAAGACUUCCCUGGAGACUGUGGGAACUCCGGAUUCCAGCAGAGGCCGCAGUGAAAAGAAAACCAUCAACCAGCUGCUCCUGGCCAAGGGUACCUCCCCUCCUGGUGGCCCACUCUCCCCAGGCUCUGAGGACGACGAGGCCCACGAUGGCAUCACCCGGGAGAACCUGGGCCGCAUCCAGUUCAGCGUCGGCUACAACUUCCAGGAGUCCACCCUGACUGUCAAGAUCAUGAAGGCACAGGAGCUGCCAGCCAAGGACUUCAGUGGCACCAGCGACCCCUUUGUCAAGAUCUACCUGCUCCCCGACAAGAAGCACAAGCUGGAGACCAAGGUGAAGCGGAAGAACCUCAACCCGCACUGGAACGAGACCUUCCUCUUCGAAGGGUUCCCUUAUGAGAAGGUGGUGCAGAGGGUGCUGUACCUCCAGGUCCUGGAUUACGACCGCUUCAGCCGCAACGACCCCAUCGGGGAGGUGUCCAUCCCCCUCAACAAGGUGGACCUCACCCAGAUGCAGACCUUCUGGAAGGACCUGAAGCCGUGCAGUGAUGGCAGUGGAAGCCGCGGGGAGCUGCUGCUGUCUCUGUGCUACAACCCCUCCGCCAACUCCAUCGUGGUGAACAUCAUCAAAGCCCGGAACCUCAAAGCCAUGGACAUCGGGGGCACGUCAGACCCCUACGUGAAGGUGUGGCUGAUGUACAAGGACAAGAGGGUGGAGAAGAAGAAGACGGUGGUGAUGAAGCGGUGCCUGAACCCCGUCUUCAACGAGUCCUUCUCCUUCGACAUCCCCACCGAGCGGCUGCGCGAAACCACCAUCGUCAUCACCGUCAUGGACAAGGACAGGCUGAGCCGCAACGAUGUCAUAGGCAAGGUGGGUCUGGGGGGGACAGGUGGAGGACAGCCAGGUGGCCCUGUCAAGCUGGACAGGCAGGUGGCACCGUGGUGGGGGCCUUCUGUGGUGGUUUUCUCCCCGUCGUCUCCCAGUUGCUGGGGCUCGGCUGGUGCAG